AAUGAAGCAGAUUAAGAAUCUUGGCAUAACUUCUGGCCAUGCAUCUUCCAUGGACAACACAGUAACCAUGCAAGAACUUCCAGCUUCUGAUGCCUCCUCUGAAAAACUAAAUUCCACCAACCAAAAUAUAGGAGCUGUUCAAAUGAGGAUCAAAAGUGCCAACAGCCACCAUGACCGGCAUAGUCAAAGUAAAUCAAUGAUCCUUUCUGAGAACGUGAAAGUCAAAGAACCUAUAUCCCGUCACAGAAGAAAUCAUUCCCAACAUAACUUAAUACUCACAGACAUCAUUAGUCCACAGGAACAAAUGGUAGUGAAAAAAGAAGGUUAUCUUCUGAAAGCUAAAAUUGCAGAUGGAGGAAAGAAAUUAAGGAAAAACUGGUCAACUUCUUGGAUUGUUCUUGCUGGUGGGAAAAUAGAAUUCUACAAAGAAUCCAAACAACCAGCACUGGCCAACCUGAAAGCAGGGUAUAAACCAGAAUGGGUGGAUUUGUGUGGAGCUCAUAUUGAAUGGACUAAAGAGAAAUCUAGUAGAAAGAAUGUCUUUCAGAUCACAACGGCAUCAGGAAAUGAGUUCCUGCUUCAGUCAGAUAUUGACUUCAUCAUAUUGGAUUGGUUCCACGCUAUCAAAAAUGCAAUUGACAGAUUGCCAAAAGAGCAGAGUUGUGCACCAAGAAAUCUGGAGUUCAAACUUCAAAGAUCCUCUAGCAGUGAAUUACUGAACAGCUUAAGUACUGAGUCCAAAGAACCAAAGUCUGAACACAGAAGAUCUUUAAUUUUCAGACUGAACUACAGUGCCUCUGAUACAAAUGACAGAAAUCGAGUCAAAAGCAGAUUAAAGAAGUUUAUAACCCGAAGACCUUCACUGAAAACCUUGCAAGAAAAGGGACUGAUUAAAGAUCAAGUUUUUGGCUCCCAUUUGCACUUAGUAUGUGAGCAUGAAAAUUCCACAGUCCCCCUAUUUGUAAAACGGUGUAUAGAAGCUGUUGAAAAAAGAGGUCUGAAUGUCGAUGGAAUAUACAGAGUUAGCGGCAAUCUGGCAACAAUACAGAAGUUACGAUUUGUUGUCAAUCAGGAAGAGAAGCUGAAUUUGGACGACAGCCAGUGGGAGGACAUCCACGUUGUCACCGGAGCACUCAAGAUGUUUUUCAGAGAGCUGCCUGAGCCACUGUUCCCAUACUGCUUCUUUGAACAGUUUUUGGAGGCAAUAAAAAAUUCAGACAACAACACUCGAGUUAAGUCCAUAAGGCGUCUUGUACAGGAGCUCCCUAGGCCAAACCGUGACACAAUGAAAAUCCUCUUUGAACAUCUAAAAAAGAUAGCAGCCAAGGAAUCCGUGAAUCUUAUGUCACCACAAAGCUUAGGAAUUGUAUUUGGCCCAACACUCCUUAGACCUGAAAUGGAGACAGGGAACAUGGCAGUACACAUGCUAUACCAAAACCAGAUAGUUGAACUUAUGUUAAGUGAGUACAAUAAGAUCUUCAGCUCUGAGGAAGACUGACAGACAGGGCCUGUUAUUGAAAAUGUUCACAUCUGUCUUGAUGUCUAAUAUUUUUACAUUUCUGUAAACAUAUUUCUGAAAUAUUUCUUUUUCUUUCAAGUGACAGAUGCCUCAUUUUGUGAAAACUUAAUGAUGAUUUUGUGUUUAAUUUUCAAACAUUGGAAUAAAAAAUAUUGUCAACAUUUGCCUAUAUGUAUUCUACAUUAACCCUUUGAGAGUUUCAUUCUGCUAGAAUUCCAGGACUCAUUUUUCAUCCCAUUACUUUCCAGCUGGAUAUGUAGAAUAUGCAGAGACCUACGCGGAUACAACAUUUUGUAUCUGCAUCCUCCUCUGUAUCUGCAAAAUAAACAGUAGAUAUCCACAUCCACAUCCACAUCUGUGGAUAUGGGUACCUGCAGAUAUAAAGCAGAUAUCCAGAGAUCUGCGGGGUUCUAGAUAGAAAAUUUGCAUCUGCAUUCGCAUCCAUAUUCACAAAAGUGAGCCAUGGAUAUCCAUGGAUUUGUAGGAUCUAAGAAUAUGGUAAAAAAACAAAGGAAUUACUGUUUACUAACAUAUUCAAUGGCACAAGAAGAUAAACAGCACUGUGGGUUAAUGUUUGUAAAAAUAUAUUAAAAGCAAUUAAAUUGAAAUAGACAUGUUUCAUAAUUCAUAACCAAUUUUUGGUGUAAAUAUCACAUACCUUUUCUCUUUGAUGUAUAGUGAAAGUUAUGAAGACAUGUUGAAUAGUAAUUUUUCCCCUAGCAAAAGUGGCAGUUCAAAACAGUUUCCAAUGAAUAUGUUUAAAGAGAGAGAAAAGAGUGAGUGAGCUGCACUUACUACAGUAUUAUAAACAUUCUGUCUAAAAUAUUCCAGCACAAAAUUAAAGCCUAGAUAUUUUGUCUUUUAAAUACUGUACAUGAAAUUUAGCAAUUGCAUGACUGCUCAUUUUUAAUGUAAUAUCUAUUUUGAUUCUUCAUCACAUUGUACGUCUUCCCGUUUUCCCUAGCUAUGUCAUGUUAUGUAGAAUUUUUAUUAUGCUCCUGAGGAUGCUUUAUUGGUGAACUACAUUAAAUUCAUCUAGAAAGAACUUUAAAAAAAGCCUUUUUAUAUGCCCUUAGGAUUACUUGGCUAGACUUGAAUCAAUUUAUGCAUUUGAUGGUUAGUUUCAGUUGUCAUGGAUAAACAAAGGGGUAACUGUCUAGAAUAUAUCAAAUAUUGUUUUAUUUUGAAAUGUAUGUUUCCAGCUAUAAACAUCUUCCACCCUGUUUUGUAAAAGUAUUCUGCUGAUAAAAUGUACACUUAUGUUUGACAGCUUUUUAAUCAAGUUCAAAGAGAAUAAAUAAAACUAAU